ACAUAGAUUACAAAGCAGAAGUCAGCCAAUCAGAACAGCGAAGGAAAAGGAGGCUGCAGCGCUUCAUAUGCUAUUUCUGUCACGUAGAACGCAUACAUUUGUUUUGUUGCGUACAAACGUAAAUUGCGUACUUAUAUCAAGUUAUAUUUAAUUUCUAACCAGUAAUAUUCCUUAAAAGUGACAUAUACAUAAAAAUAUACGAAUCAAUUAUUUUUAGAAAAGAAGUGAUUAUCUUUGACGGUGAUCGUGAUUAUUUUACCACUUAGUGACAACAAUGUCCGUGAUUAUGGAUUGUUUUCAACAGUAGCGGACCUUCGUGUUUGUGGGCUAUACACAAAAAAAAAACGCAACAGAUAAUUUCCCUCCGAGACAAUCAAUUGGCGUUUUGAACUGUCUUUUUUGUAUUCUUCAUAUCAGUACACGGGAGCAAAAACUGAAUUCGUUCUACCUACUGUUUCAUCGAAAGCUCAAUCCUCAAUUUAAAUCUAUAAGGGAACCUAAGUCCACCUCUCAAUCUUUCAUCAGUGAUUUGUGAUGUACAAGUUCAGUGCCGGAGGAAAAAUUAUUACCUCUACAAUUAAUUUCGUACAUUCAAAAAGGAAAGGAAUUUUUAUACACCUAAGAAACAUGAACAGAAACUCAAUAAGUCUUCGAAGUCAUAGAAGUUUUUUAACAUUUCGUUUAUAUUGAAUUACUUGAUUGAGUUAUUGAAAAGCAAAUCAAGUUUGAUAGAACACGAAAGUUAUUGCGCCAAGAUGGUGCAGCACGAAUGAUCUAACACCGUGUUGUUGAGGGAAGCAUGAUAAGUCUCUAGUACAAAAUUACUGUUUUUAAAUAACGCAAAGAAAACCAGUUGUCAUAAUGAAAUUGCUAGAGAGUACACGAUUUGAAGCUAUAAACAGUGCCUUGUUCAUUAAGACCGGAGAUAGCAAGAUAAUUGGAAGGAUUGAGAGUUAUUCUUGUAAGAUGGCAGGAAAUGAUAAACAACUGUACAAACGCUUCAACGCAGAGCAAGGAGUUACACCACAUGACCUUCAAGCUUUGUCGCCACCACAAACAUCUUUGGGAACAUCACCUGCUCAAAGAUAUUUUAGUCGUAGUGUUUCUGGUGAUGAAGAUGGACCUUUAUGUGAUACAAUAAGCAGGAAAACAUUAUUCUAUCUAAUUGCAACUUUAAACUCAGCCUUCCAUCCUGAUUAUGAUUUUUCUGAUGCUAAGAGUCAUGAAUUUAGUAAAGAACCAAGUUUACAGUGGGUAAUGAAUGCAGUUGAUAGUAAUCUCAGUGCAACUGCUGGAGAUCAUUAUCGUACUUUACGUUCUGCUCUCUGGGGUGCUAUCGACGAUGAAAUAUCAUUGAGCGAAUGUGAUAUUUAUAGCUAUAAUCCAGACUUUGCAUCAGAUCCAUUUGGAGAAGAUGGAUGCCUGUGGUCUUUUAAUUAUUUCUUUUACAAUAAAAAAAUGAAGCGUAUAGUCUUUUUCACAUGUAGGGCAAUUAACCCUCUUUAUGUAUUAGAUUCAGGCAUAGGUAGUGACUUUGUGAUGGACGAAGAAGAUGAAGAUCGUUAUUAGAUCUUUUAUAUAUGAUCACAGUUUACAACAGUUAAAACUUUACAUUUUCUCUUGAUAGAUAAUUAUUAAUUUCAUGUAUUUUUUGUAUGUACAACUUUUUACAUUCAGUUUACAACUUAAGAUUGUGUGUGUAUGUGUGUGUGUAUAUAUAUAUAUAAAAUAUAUAAAUAUAUAUUAUAUAUAAAUAUAUAUAUAUAUAAUUUGAUUUGGCUUUACAUUUCACAUAAUAUAUUUAUUUUGUAUUUUUCUUUAAUUUGAACAAGCAUGUGUACGCAUUGAUAAUGUACACACAGUCUAUCAUCUAUUGUACAUACAAUAGUUUGAUUAUUUUACUUUUUAGUGAAAUGUGACAAAUAUUAAUAAAGCCUAGUCUGUUUUUUAGACAAGGAUCUUACUAUUUUUCGUACUAGGAAAUGCAUCUGAUUUUCUUUGAAAAUUUUUAUGUAACAUUCUAUUUUGUUAUCCAAUGUGAUGAAUUACCUUAUAGCUAAUUAGAUCUCACAAACAUAAAAUGUUGUGAUUAAUAAUUAAUUCUAUUAUGCCAAUUAUGCUCUAAUAAUUGUAAUUAAGCUUUCUGGAUGUGCAAUAUCUCAAUAUAGUGCACUUUCAUUUUAAAGUAAAUAGUAGUAUCAGAUUUUAUUUAAUAGAAUCUACAAGAUAAAAAAAUAAAUUUUUGUUAUCAUAUUUAAGUGUAUAUACGAUAAAAAAUAUCAAAAUUUUAUGCAAAGUUUAAAUUAGUAGUCCACAAUAUCCUUCUUAACGAAAAAUUUCAUAAUUAUGCUUUAUGAAGCAAUGAUAGUUAAUUUACGGAAUAAUUGAUGUCAAGUAACCAUUUUAUCAUUGUCCUUUACUUACAAUUACAUAUCAAUAUUACAUAUUCCAUAAUGACGUAUUCAAUUUGGGCAUUGUUACUUUCUUAGUGUAAUAAUUAAAUUUGAUAUUAGGUAGUCUGAUAAAUGCUGUGAAACAGGAUAAAACAUAUCUAUUCUUUUUAAGCUUAUAGCUUUUAAGCUAUAGUAAUUUCUAUUAUUCACUUUGCCAAAUUACUUACCAAUACACAAAACGUAUUUUGUAUUAUUAACAUAUAUAUUUCAUUCUAGUAUGUAUUGUGAAGCAAUGUUUUUUUAUACAGCUUAAUAUAAUUGGUUUAUAGGAAAAAUCCGAAAAAUUAUUAUAUGUACAACAUGUAGAAAUACAUAACUACUUCAAUCUUUACUUUAUACUGGACAAUAUGUUUAUCUGUCUCUUUUGAAAUAAAUAUUUCAAGAAGAUAUGAAUGUACUAUAAUAUUUGUUAUCCAAAAGGAAUAUGAAAUUAUUAUGUAGUAUUAUGAAGUAUACAUUUUAAAUUAUACGAUUUCCAAAGGAUCAGCAUCAACAAUAGAUACAUUAAUAUUUACAGAAUUAUUUAAUGUAUUCGAUAACGUUGAUGCAAAAGUUUCUAGAAAACCACGUUCAGAAUUAGAAUGAUUUGUUAGAAUAACAUGAAUUCCACGAUGAAUUGCAUCAAGUACAUCGUGAUGUUGCAUUUCUCCUGUAAGAUAUAAAUCGGCUUGUACAUUUUUUAAAACACUUAUUCCUGAUCCUGCACAUACGGCGAUAGAAUUGAUAAAGCCAUCUGAAAAAAAAAAAUUGAUACUUAUAUCUUUAUCAUGAUUUUAAUUAAAUUUUACAAAUAACGUUAUACCUGACUGUAAAGCAUGAGCCAGUUUCAAAAAUUUCAACUUGGUGUGCUGUUUUACUAAAUGUACUGCUUCAUCAAUAUGUAUUCGAUUUUUUAAAGUACAUAGACGGCCCAUACCAUUUUCUUCAUUCUCACUAGGUUGUAUCGGUUUACAACUAUCCAUCACUGUAAUUACAUAUUAUGAAUAAUAGUUAAUUAAGAAUGUUAUAAUAAUAAAAGUAUUAUAAAAGUA